ACCCCCUGCUUCUUCUCCCUCCUCUAUCUCUCUCUCUCUCUCUCUCUCUCUCCGCCUCCCUUCGCUGACCCUUCCCCCAACAUUUCCCAAAACCCUAAUAAUGGACUCGUCCUCCUCGUCCUCUUCCUCCUACCUCGCCGGCGGCGGCGCGGAUCUCGUCGCUCGGCGAGCCACCGUCCUCCCUCGCCGCCGCCCCCGGCCGCCGUUGCCGAGCUCGAACCCGCUCCCUGCGUCGCCUACACCGCUCCGGAGCUCUCGGAGAAACCGGCCCCCUCCUUCGCCCCCGCCGAGCUCCGGCGCAUCCUGGACGGCCACGACGUUGAGCUCCGUGACCGGAUCUUCCGGCUCAUGGAGGAGAGCCCGAUCUUCCGAAGGGGGAGGGUGUUCGCGGCGCCGGACUACAACCAGACGAAGGAGCAGCAGCGGGAGGCGACGAUGCGGCGGAUCUGGCACCUGAAGAGCCGCGGCGUGUUCGAUGGUUGGCUCACUGACUUCGGCGCCGACGCCGAGAGGCGGAUUUUGGCCUCGUUGGAAUGCCUCGCCAUUUACGACCACUCCCUCUCCGUCAAGCUCGGCGUCCACUUCUGCCUCUGGGGUGGCGCUAUCAAGUUUUUUGGUACCAAACGCCAUCACGACAAGUGGUUGAAGGACACUGAGAACUAUGUCGUCAAGGGCUGUUUUGCAAUGACUGAAUUGGGUCAUGGAAGCAAUGUACGAGGAAUUGAGACAGUCGCGACAUAUGACACAAACACUGGAGAGUUUAUCAUAAACACUCCUUGUGAAUCUGCCCAGAAGUACUGGAUAGGAGGGGCUGCCAAUCAUGCUACACAUACAGUAAUUUUUGCCCAACUCCUUAUGAAUGGAACCAGUCAAGGGGUCCAUGCGUUCAUAGCUCAGAUCAGAGAUGCAGAUGGAAAUAUAUGCCCCAACAUACAUAUAGCUGAUUGCGGUCAUAAGAUUGGACUAAAUGGCGUUGAUAAUGGCCGGAUUUGGUUUGACAAUAUCCGUGUCCCUAGAGAGAACUUGCUGAACUCAGUUGCUGAUGUAUUGGAAGACGGCCGAUACGUAAGCUCAAUAAAGGACCCAGAUCAGAGAUUUGCAGCUUUUCUAGCUCCGCUGACAUUUGGUCGUGUGAACAUCGCAACCACAGCAGUUUAUAUAUCAAAGGUGGGUUUAGCAAUUGCUGUGAGAUAUGGUCUGACAAGGCGGGCUUUCUCAAUCUCACCAAAUGGUCCGGAAGUUCUAUUGCUCGACUAUCCUAGUCAUCAACGGCGCCUCUUGCCAUUACUAGCAAAGACAUGUGUUAUGAGCUGUGCUGCCAACUACUUGAAAAGGAUAUAUUUGCAGAGGACCCCAGAGGCAAACAAAGCUAUCCAUAUAUACUCUAGUGCUCUGAAAGCUACACUCACCUGGCAAAAUAUGAUUACCCUUCAGGAGUGUCGUGAAGCCUGUGGUGGCCAAGGUUUGAAGACAGAGAAUCGUGUGGGAAUUCUAAAAGGUGAAUUUGAUGUGCAGUUGACAUUCGAGGGUGAUAAUAACAUACUAAUGCAACAGGUUAGCAAGGGUCUCCUAGCAGAAUAUCUAGCAGUUCAGAAAAGGAGAAGACCAUUUAAGGGUUUGGGACUGGAACACAUGAAUGAAACCUGCCCUGUUGUCCCCGAUAAUCUAACAAGCUGUACCCUGAGGAGCUCAAAGUUCCAGACCAACAUUUUCUGCUUGCGAGAGCGGGAUUUGCUAAAGCGCUAUGCUGAUGAAGUUUCUCACUAUCAAGCUCAGGGAGAAAGCAAGGAAAAGGCACUCUUGCUGAGUUAUCAGCUUGCUGAAGAGUUAGCUAGAGCGUUUACUGAGAGGACGAUAUUCCAGAUAUUUUUGGAGGCUGAGAUGAGCCUGCCUCCUGGUCCUUUGAAGGAUGUGUCUGGGUUGUUGAGGUCCAUGUAUGCGUUGGUCCGCAUGGAAGAAGAUCCGCCUUUUCUUCGAUACGGGUACUUGUCGCUCAGCAAUGCUGCUGCUGUGAGGAAAGAAGUCAUGACACUGUGCAGUGAUCUAAGGCCCCAUGCACUUUCUAUUGUCAGUUCUUUCGGAAUACCCGACGCUUUCCUCGGCCCGAUCGCCUUCGAUUGGAUCGCGGCGAAUGCGCGGUCGUCUGUGAGCAGCGAUUACUAAUUUCUACAUCAUCUCCAGGAAAGUUGUGAUACAAGCCAAUAGAUACCGUGAUUACAGGUAAUAAAAACACCGUCAUGGGGGAUAAUAAAGAGACUAAUCCUAUUCUUCUAGUUUACUAAUAUGGGUUGGUAUCUACGAAGAGUGAUUGAAGUUGGAGUAAGAGGCCGUCCAAUUAGAGAUUAGAUGGACUCUUAAAUGAUAAGAUUGCUAUUUAUUGUAAACAAUAAACUUUCCAGUAAAUAAAACUCACCUUUUUAUCGGAAA